UUUGAAUGGCACAGUUUGCGUUUUAGCGCAGAGAUCACCGAGGAGCUACUAUACGCGCUGUCCAGUAUCACAAGCGUACAUCGCUCCCGUGUCACUCAGAAACGCGAAUUUUCUCAUUCGGUUCCUUCGUUGAGAAUCAAGCGUUCCAUCAACCAUGCCCUCGUUCUUGAACAAGGUCUUUGGCCGAAGGACAAGCAACGACAGGAUUCAAGCAAGUCAUUUUCAGGACUCUAACGACAAUAGAACUCUACUGGACGGAAAAUACGAGGCUGUUUCUCCUUUGAACUUCACCGCUCCCACCCUUACCACCUUGUCAAAGGCUCAGACCGCUAAAGAUCAUGCUGGUUUCUCGUUGUUUCGGCCUAAAUCUCGGUAUACUCCCCCUAACUCUUCCUACAAACGCGCGGAGAAUCUUCCCCAAUUGUCGCUCCGCCUUCCCAGUCUGAAAGACGAUGCAGAGUCUCUCCAACUUGGCGUUUUCGAAGUUGAUCUCGAGUCUCAAAGGAUUUUCGAUGAGUCCGUCAUUGGUGCAAAACUCCUGUCUCCUUUGGAAGCUCUUAUACUCGUUCGAGCCUGUGCGCAGAGUAUCACUGAGCGGGGCUUGGAAACACUUGGAAUUAUGCACCCUCACUGGCACUCCGCAUCACCCGAUAUUCAACGAAAGCUGAUUUCGCUCUUCAUUCAUUCAUUGGCUCCCAAAAGCCGCAUAACCAUCAUGUCUCCAACGCCUGCCGCGGCAACUUCCGCCUUUGAAGCUGAGCUCGAGUACACCCGCUCUCCCCACGACGUUGCAGCUGUUCUCCGUUGGGGCCUUCGUCAUCUUGUGCUUGAAAACAACACUUUCGGCAAGGACGUCUCUGCACCCGAGUGGGCGUGGUACAAGUCCUUUUUCGACGCUGAAAAAGGGGCGUCGUACCCACCCAAGAGUUUUACGGAGUUGCUUCUCCCCAAGCUCCCUCCGGUGCACAUCGAAUUGCUUCUUGCGACCAUUGACAUCAUAUCCGCAUUAGCUUCGCAUGCUGAAGCGAACAGCAUAUCUGGUAGCAAACUUUCCAAGUUUUUGGGCUUAUGGUUGCUCACCGCGACGAGGACUGAGCAAACCGACAACUGGACCACCUUUUAUGCUCGAUGGGAACGUGCCGGUCGGAUUUUGGAACAUCUAUUCCUUGCACGAAUUAGGGAGGAGAGUUUCAAAUCUCGACUGCCCACCCGACUUCAGGAACUUGUCAAGCACUAUCCAUAUUCGAGGGGCGUGUGCGGCGUUGAAGAGGAUCUUCUCCCUCAUCCUCGCUUCUCUACGCGGAGCUGCAGUGUCCUCUUCGUGCGCAUAGAGGUCCUUCUGUCAGAGUCUGCGCCACAGCCCAAACCAUCGCCCGUUCGCCUGCUCUUGGAUGCAUUCAACCUAUCUUCCGAAGGUGAAACAUCUGAGCACGUUGAGUUAUGGAACUCGCUUAAGACUGCCGCCAACGAAGUUGCCUCUACGUCCUCGGUGACUGGUGCUAAAGAUGGCCCACAGUUCGGUCGGGUAUUCGUGGAUGAGACGAUCCACCUCCUCGCGUCCACAUCUCGUAACGCCUCUUCUCCAAUCAUGUCCCCGACAAUCGAAGUCGCAUCGCCCGUGCCUAGACGCUCUUCGCCCUUCAGCAAGAUUCUCGAUCGUAGUAAGGACAAACCUGCUUCUGGAAACGGAAACGGGAACAGCUCAACGUCCCCUGUCUCGUCUGCUUCCUCGCCAAUCAUCAACGACUGGGCACAGUUCUCCACUAGCGGUUUCGGUGAAACAAAUGCAGUCACGCCGCUCGCUGCAACACUCCUUGAUACAGACAAGGAUCUUGAGACUACAGAGCCGCUCGCGUCCCCCAAGUCGGCAAAGAAAUGGGGGAUGUCACGCUCGGGACAGCGCUCUGCUGACUCCCAAUACGAGGCCAAAGAGCCUGCAGUCCUCAGCACCAAGCUCGCGAGUGUCCACAUGACGCAGGUUGACGAGGCCUUCAUCGAUUUCUGGUCCGACGCCAUUGCAGACCCCAUCACAGCGAAUUGGCCCUCGUUUGUCAUCUGUGGGCUGAAGCCGCUGCCCGCGAAAGAAGCUGUCAACUGGCUCAUCGUCGAGCAGACGUAUGUACGCCAGCAGCCCCCGCAGCCCCGCCCGACAUCUCCCGAGCGCCGUGGUCGCACGUCGCCCCGCCCUUCGCUCCGUUCGGAAAUUUCUGGCACGUUCGCUGCUACGAGGAAGCGGUUCAGCUUUUUAGGUGGGAUCAGUAAGACGGGUUUGACAAGGCAAGAAGAGUGCAAUAGGAAAGUCGCCCAAGGUCGGGGAGCUUGGUGAGAUCUUACCUGAGGAGGAAAGAUCGGAGACGCCG